AUGGCUUCUGCUACUUCCUCCUCUUCCUCUGCCACAUUGCAGAACAAGCGGAAAGCUUCUACGGCCAGUCUUUCCGCGGGAAACAGGCCGAUUAAGAGAAGAGCUUCCCGCGCCUGCUGCUGCUGUCGCGCACGCAAGGUCCGGUGCGAUGUGGUCGAGAAUGGCUCGCCGUGUACCAAUUGUCGCCUAGACCAGGUGGAUUGCGUUGUAACCGAAAGCAGACGGAGAAGAAAAGUUCGCGUUGAGUCUGAGAACAAAGCGACACCGGACUCGUCCGCUGAAUCGUCGGAAGACGUCGCCAAACAACGAACCUUGAGCCAUGGCCCGGAUGGGUACCAAUCAAGUAGCUCACAAUUAGAUACCGACAAUCAAUCCCAGAGGCAGACAGGUUUUGCUCGAUCAAUGUCGAUUGCAGCAAACAUAGGGCCUAGUAUCACCGAUGCCCUCCAGCAGCUGCUAGGUCCCGAGCCUCGCGACAACCUACUACCGGGCUACAUCCGACGCCUGCCGCAACGUUUGCAGUCUGAAGAUCUCAAUUACUUGGAAACCAAGGGCGCCUUGUCGAUUCCCGAUAGGCCAUUGCGCAAUGAGCUGCUAAAGUCAUACAUUUAUUAUGUGCAUCCAUUCAUGCCAUUGCUGGAUUUGGAGGAAUUCCUUCAAAUUCUUGCCCGCAACGAUGGCGUACACCAUGUGAGCCUGCUUUUGUUCCAGGCUGUCAUGUUUGCGGGAACUGCUUUUGUAGACAUGGAUCAUCUACAUAAUGCGGGCUUCAAUAAUCGGAAAGACGCCCGCAAAGUUUUUUUUCACCGAGCCAGAUUGCUCUAUGAUUUUGACUAUGAAGUGGAUCGUAUCUCACUGGUUCAGUCUCUCCUGCUUAUGACAUAUUGGUACGAGACGCCAGACGACCAAAAGGACACCUGGCACUGGAUGGGUGUGAGCUUGUCGCUGGCCCACACGAUAGGAAUUCAUCGCGACCCUAGCAAUUCUGGCAUGGGGCCGCGGCGGAAGCAACUCUGGAAGCGCAUUUGGUGGAGCACAUAUACGCGAGAUCGACUGAUUGCAUUGGGGAUGCGCCGACCGAUGAGAGUCAAAGACGAUGAUUGUGACGUGCCGAUGUUGACUCUUGAUGAUUUCGAGUUCAAGCCAUUUCCUGCCGAGGUCAUGAAUAUGUUAGGCGAGUGCGAAUUGCUACAAAACGUCGAGCAGCAGCGGCAUUUGGCCUUGAUGUUUAUUGAGAAGGCUAAGCUUUGUCUUUGUGUCAGUCGUGUCCUGUCCGCUCAGUACUCUGUCCUCAGCCAUCGCUUUGGAGGCACGACCGAAACCACCAUGAUGCUCGUGCCAAAGAAAUCGGAAAUGGGCACAGUCCAAGUUCAGCAGUGUGAUGAAGAGCUGGAAAAAUGGCAAGCGAGCAUGCCUAGUGAGAUUCAGUACGACCCUCUUGUAGGGGUUGAUUAUCUGUCCCCAGCCGAAGCCUCGUUACACGUGCAUCGUUCCUUGCUACGGAUGAUCUAUCUUACGACGUCUAGCGCUCUACACCGGCCGCAGGUGCUUCCGUCAAUGCCUUUCCCAGCUGUCGAAGCCGCAUUGCAGGAAGUCUCACGGAGCAAAGUGCGCUAUGCGGCCGUUGAGAUCACCGCCACUGCACAACGGCUCCACCAACUCAAUCUUACUCGCUUUCUUCCAACUGCUGGUGUUACAGUUCUAUUACCUGCGGUGAUUAUUCAUUUGCUGGAUGUCAAAUCUAAUGAUCCAAACCUGCGCAUGGUCAGCUUACGGCGUUUCUACCAGUGCAUGCGCAUUUUGCAGCGUCUCCGUGAGAUUUACGCAUCUGCCGACUUCGCCACGUCGUUUUUAGAAGCCGCUAUUCGCAAGGCUGGCAUUCAAUUGAAUGUUUCUGAACUUGAUAGUCGCACACCAACAGCCCCGCCAGGAACCAUCCGCCCGACAGCGUUGACACCGCCCCCUGAUUCUCUAGCAGAAAAGCUGCCGGACCUCACUUACCCUUCUUCCACUUUCAACAACACAACAUCUACUGGGUUCUCAAUUCCGGCAGAAAUCGACAACGCCAACACUAAAAUGAGUGCAUUUGACGUCGCCACGCCACCACACUCGAAUGGUAGCGAGAACGGCAGUACCUCUAAUCUGAACCCGAGUAUUUUCAAACCGGGCGUCGAGCGAUCUGCUCAGACCUCCAUGAGCCUCAAUGAUUUCAUCGGGUUGGCUAAUAACGCGGAAGUAACCCAGAACGAUUUCGAUGCUCUUCUCAACUUUGAAGAUGGGGGAGCCGAUUUUUUUGCUGCUGAGGAUGGGCUAGGGAUGAAUUUUGCCUUCAGCAAUACCAACCAUAACAGUAACGACAUUGUUAUUACAGACACACAGCAACAGAAGCAGAUACAAGAAAAGCCGGAUUUCGAGUUUCUAGCCGACUUUUCUGCGGAUGCUAGCAUUUUUGGCUAUGAUUUUGGCAAGCGGAACGAUGAGUUUUCCUCGGACGUCGACCAGGACAUGGGUCUAUCGAUGAAGCUAUGA